CAUCUCGCUGCAGGCUGCGUGAGGGAUGCUGUGCCAGAGGCGCACACAUGUGGUGCUGGCCCUGUGCCUGCUGCUGGUUCUGUGGCAAUGUUUCCGAGCCCCCACAGAUGGCCUCAGCCCCUUCCCUUGGGCUCCCUCCCACCUCAAUGCCCCUGCUGCCUGCUGCACUCCUGGUGCCAACAGCUCCGCAUGGUUCAACUCCAGCUACAACAUGGCCAUGGGGCCUCUGCUGACAGGCGCAGCCCACGAACUCUCCUCUGAUGUGGUUCAGUGGUGGCUGACACUGCAGGGUCCCCAGAGUGGCACCCAGCUCCAGGCCAUAAUUCAGCAGCUCUUCACUGUCCUCCGGGCCCCGACCAGCAGCGUGUGGGACCAAUCUUGCUGCAGGACUUGUGCGGUGGUGGGGAACUCGGGGCGGCUGAAGGGGUCUGGCCAUGGGCUACAGAUCGAUGCCCAUGACUGGGUGCUGAGGAUGAACAGAGCAAAGAUCGCUGGCUUUGAACUGGAUGUUGGCAUGAGAACCACCCAUCACUUCAUGUACCCAGAGAGUGCAGUGGACCUCGGGCCCGGCGUCCACCUCGUUCUUGUCCCCUUCAAGCCACUAGACCUGCAGUGGGUGGCCAGCGCCUUCUCUACUGGAGAGCUCACGCACACAUACGUGAGAGUGAAACAGUUCAUCGAAGCUGAUAGAAACAAGGUGCUGAUCCUGAGCCCAGCUUUCCUCAAGUACAUCCAUGACAACUGGACACAGCACCAUGGGCGGUACCCCUCCACCGGCUUCACAGCCCUGCUUUUCGCCUUGCAUGCCUGCCAGCAGGUCUCCGUGUUUGGCUUUGGCGCAGACAGUGAAGGGAACUGGCACCACUACUGGGAGAAAAACCGCUGGUCUGGAGCCUUUCGCAGGACGAGGGUCCAUGAUGCUGACAUCGAAUUCAGCAUCAUCGAGACAUUGGCAGCUGAAGGCAGGAUUUUAUUCUACAAAUGAUGCAUUUCCAAGAAACUGAAGCCAGGCUGUUAGCACAGAAGCUCGCAGCUCCCUACACUGCCAGCAGCUGCCUUGGCUCUUUAGCUUGCUUCUCCCUGACAGUGCUGCCACCUGCCCAGGCUCACAGACCCUGCCAUCCCUAGGGGUCUCGGUGCUGCUUGUGCUGGUCCCACCAGGCGGGCACUAUUGGUGCCAGGAGGUGACACACUUCCAUGGCAUCAGGGACGUUGCAUUUGGUUGGACACAGGGUGGGCAUGGCUGUCCCCACACUGGCUGGGCGAGAGGAAGAGGAGACAGUUGGGCUGGAAGUGGCUGUGGAGCCUGUGAGCUGCUGUGCAUGUCCCUGUGGUGGCUGCGAAGCCACUGGGUGAUAGUGGUGGUGAUGGCAGCUACUCAAAUGUGGCUGUCCAUGUGACAGAGC